CAAAGAUUCCGUGUAGAAUAUUACUCGAAAUAUUUUAUAAUCAAGCAUGCGAAAUAUGGAUGUUUAGCUGCUUCCAUUUGUUUAUCAGAUGAAACAGAGGAAUGGUUGGAGAUGCUGAGCAAGACAAUUUAAUCAUUAACUGUGUGAAGGAGAAUCCCUUGGAUAGACCGUCACGAUUGGAUGCGACCAGCGACUGCAGGAAGGACCGUUUGGCGAAAGAUGAACUACUUUUGGAGCAAUCAGCGUGGCCAUCAGCGGGAUAUGGAGACGAAGAUGAUUUACCUAGCGAAGAUAUGGACCAGGGAUCUUGUGAUGGAUACGUCGCGAACAAUGACCAAUUCAACCACAGCUUGACCGAUGAUCCGCAAGACAACAAAUCAUCGUCAGAAGAAACCACUGUGGCUCCGGACGCCCUAAUCCACGAAGGACGGGAGCAGGAUUUUAAAAAUGUUGGGGCGAUUUCUGAAUUAUUCCGAGAAAUUUUCGGUAUCCGUGGAUUUGAAUCCUGGGAGGAACUCGGCCGAGCCGAGUCCACAUACGCCCCUUCAUUUGACUGUGAUAUCAGUCAGUCAAAUGAUCAUACAUUGAUUAUUAUGGACGAAGAGGCACUUGACCAAGGGCUAUUGACUAAGUCAUUCCUUAAUGACCUAUAGUGAGACCACUAUAAUGCCAAAUAGAAGUAACUUUCAAAAAGGAUCGACGAAGUGGGUAACUUUCAAAACUGUUGUAUGCUGAAUCUUGUUUUGAGUCGGUUGUUUCAGUACCUAUAGCUUGCGGGAAAGGGUAAAGACAUAUUUGAUUUUUGUUGUAAUACAUGGAAGUGACUUUCACCCAGGCUCAAUCGUCUUAAUGAUUUUUAGUAGUCAGUACUCAGUACUCAGUUUUGUUCGAAAGAUAUAAACUGAACAAUCGUACCGCCUUAGGCUACCCUGGAGCCCUGAAGGACGAACACAAGCUCAAAGUAUAUAGGCAGCCCAGGUAGCAGUCGAUGAGAUGAGACGCUCAAUUUAACUGGCUUUUAUAUGCUGUUAUACAAGAACAACAAUGUAUUUUCAUUAAUUUAAUCCACUGGUAGGACGAUUUUUCGAACAUGUUUGAUGGAGCCUAGACUCUUGGCUGCACCAGUGAAGAAGCGGGGUAUGGACAACAGUCCUGGGUCAGUUACGUUCAGGCAAAAUAUGUCCAAUGAGACCGCAAAGAGGUCACCAACACUCACCGAGGCUCUUGGAUAGUGGGACAAGUAUGCUGGGCAUUCAUGAACGUCAGCCUUAUCACACUAGACUUUAUUUUUUAAAUAUUUUGAAAUUUUUUGGGGGUUGGCAUAAACUAAAAAUAAACACACAUGUAUGAAAAUCAGUUAUGAAGUAUUUAGAGAUACGUAUCACAUCUACAUUUUGUAACAUUUGUAAGCAAUUCUUGUAUAUUCUCAGCAAAAAAUUAAGAUGAUUAUUCGAUGAAUUAAUGCAUAAUUAACACCGGCGUUUCACAAUAGCACCCCUACAAGAGUUUGUAACGCGUUGGCUAA